CGGACAAUGAACUUUCUGAGCUUGGGUCUACUUGCCACAAAGGCUUCCACAGUGUUCUGAGGUAGUCGCACAGUUCUCAGAAUGUGUCACUGGCUAUCAUAACUAACUGUAGAAGACAGUUUGCUGAAGAGAACUUGUGAGAACAUGGCAGAUCCAAGUUCAGCUUCAGAGCGUGGUGGACAGGCCAGCAAUUUACAUAUGGUACAAGAGAACCUUAAGGAAAAACAGGCAAUGUAUAAGGAGGCCCGAGAGGCUCGGAAGGCGCAGCUGACAGCAGCACAUAGAUACAUGUUUGGUAUCAUGGCUGACAGACUUGCCUUGAAAGCUGAAGUUGUGGAGGAAUUUGUUCUAGAUUCUCCAUCUUUUGCUCCAUUUGAAAAUUUCUUUGCUAAAGGAGGGAGAAAAACAAUUUCAUUUAUCUACCAGGAGACAGAGGUUCCAGGAAUAGAAUGUGGUCGCACAUUCCAUGGAUUGACAAAAGGAGCAAAAAUAACCAGAAUUUUUCUGGCCAGUUUAUCUGAGAUUCCUUUAAAAGGAUCAUGUCUAUUUUUUGUGCGAACAAAAACAGAUGUAGCAAUCACACCAAAAAAUGUUCAUGAGGAGACAUGUUUUUUAAUGCUGGAUAUCACAGAAGGUCUUCUGAAAGGAACCAGUAAUUUGUUGUCAAAAGUAUUCACACCUGCCAUAUACACAACUGAAAACUGGGGUGCACUGAAUCAAUCCAAACAUGGAGAGAAGGAUAAGCAGGACUUCAAAGAUACCAUGACUGGAUACAUCACCUUUCUAGAUGGAAUUCAAAUGAAUAUAGAAGGAAUGGUGCACCUGGAUCCGGCUUCAGAUAUUGACUUCUCCAGGCUAGUCUCGUUUGAAGAUCGAAAAGCAGCAGCUGCAGAUUUGGAUAUGGUACAUAAGCUGGAAAGUAUCCUCAUGACGUGGUACAAACAAAUUGAACAGGUUCUCAUUGAGAGUGACCAGAUUAGAAAAGAAGCUGAUUCUUCAGGCCCGUUGACUGAGAUAGACCAUUGGAAGAGGAUGCUGGCAAAGUUCAGCUCUAUAACUGAGCAUAUUAAUGGGCUUUGCUGCAAAGCAGUGAUCAAUGUGCUUAAUAUUAACCAGUCUAAAGCUCUCAAGAUGUGGAAAGAGAUAGAUGCCAGAAUUACAGAGUGCACCAAUGAAGCAAAAGACAACGUGAAAUUUCUGUGCACUCUGGAAAAAGUUUGUCAACUUCUUUACAGUGGUGACCCAGUAACAAUGGCCAAAAACAUUCAGGAAUUGACAAGCGUCAUUGGAAUGAUUCACAACGUGUCACAGUAUUACAACACUUCAGAGAGAAUCACUUCUCUUUUUAAAAAAGUUACAAAUCAAAUGGUUGCAGCAUGUCGAAAUUACAUUACAGACAACGGCACAUCUCGAGUGUGGGACCAAGACACUCAAGAUAUCAUAAGAAAGAUACAGGACUGUAACUUCUUGUUCCGGGAAUAUCAGUCAUGCUUCCAUAAGACCAAGAAACAAUUGCUGGCGAUGCCAGAAGGGAAGCCCUUUGAGAUGUCAGAGAUGUACAUCUUCGGCAAGUUUGAGGGCUUUUGCAAAAGAUUGGAAAAGAUAACCCAGAUGAUUUCAGCUGUAGAGACAUUCUCUGUCCUUGACAAGUCAACCAUUGAGGGAAUAGAUACCCUUGCAAGAAUGUUUCACAACAUAUUCUUGAAUGUAAAGAAGAAGGAAUAUGACAUCUUAGCUUACAGAAAAGCUGAAUUUGAAGAUGAUUUUGCAAAAUUCAUGUCACAAAUUCAUGACUUAGAGAAACAUCUGCAAAAGUUCAUGAAUUCUUGUUUCUCAAAAAUCCUGUCAACUCAACAAGCCCUUUCUCUCUUACAAAGGUUUCAAAAACUGAGCCUGCCUUGUCUUCAGACUGAAAUUUCAAACAUAGCUGGGUCUAUUCUUCAACGUUAUGUUGUGGAGCUAAAGUCUAUCAGGAAGCUGUAUGACACUCACAGAGAAGAUCCUCCUUUAGCAAGGAACAUGCCUCCUGUUACAGGGAAAAUACAGUGGGCCAGGCACCUUCUGAGACGAAUACAUGAACCCUUAGACUACAUUAAGAAAAAAUCUGACAUUCUGUCAAGUGCAGAGGGUAAGGAGGUAGUGCGGAUGUUCAAAAGGGCUGCAGCAGUGUUUAUGGAAUAUGAAAUUCUUCACCACAGAGUCUGGAUCCAGGAAGUCUCAUGGGUACAGCAUUCAUUACAAGCCACUGUAUUGGUUCGGCACCCAGAAACCAGAAGACCCUUAGUAAAUUUUGAUCCAAAAAUAACUGAGAUAGUUAGGGAGGCAAAAUGCAUGAUGAAAAUGUCCCUAGAAGUUCCUGAGCAAGUUUUGCACCUUGUCAAAACAGAGAAGUCUCUGAAGGCUAAUCGACUUCAGUUAGAGAAUCUUCUGAAUGGUUUUGAAGCCACUUGUGAAAAAAUCCCUGCUGUCUUUUACAAUCUGAUGACAUCAAAAAUUAAAAAUGUGGAGUCUGUGCUUAGUCAUGGGUUUGUCAUAUUCAACUGGUCUUCUCUCAUUUUGGACAAGUUCUUGCAAAGUGUUGAUACUGCUCUGUCUGAACUAAAUUACUUACUGAAGAAGGUUCAAGACAUAUGUGAAAUACACAUUGAUGCAGUGCUGCAGGACAUCUCAGAAAUGGUGCUAAUCGAACUACCAGAUGACAAGCCAUCCGCGCUGAAGGAUUUAGUCAGCAGAAACAACUCUCAGUUGAAGGAUCGUUCAGAUGUCUUGAACCAGAAAAGCAAACGUAUAGAGGAAGCAGUAAAGGAGCUGAUUGACCUCUUCUGCAGUAUUUAUGACCCUAGGGAAAUGAAGAAAUCUCCAGAAGAAGAACGAAAGCACAUCUCAUUCUCAGAGGUCACCGUGGUGACAACCGGUGACCAUGCCUUGAGUGCAGAAACUCAAGAAGUGGAGAAAGAGGAUGAAUUUGAGAAGGAAUGCAAAGAGAUGUAUUCCUACUUCAGCUCUAAGCUGCUAGAUGCGCUGGUGAAAGCAACACGCUUGUCUUUAAACAUUCUUAAACAACGGAUAUUUGUUCCAGUGAAAAGCCAUUUAAUCAUGUUAGAAGAUCUUAAAUCAGAAGACUUCGUAACAUUCAUAAAGUCAGAGGUGCAUUUAACAAUACCUAAUAUGGUGAUGGUGCCCAGCCUGGAUGACAUUCAGCAAGCCAUUAACCGGCUGGUACACCUAGUGCUGGAGGUAAGCCGAGGAGUGACACGAUGGGGGCAGGAGCGCUUAAGAGAUGAGGAGAGCAAGGCUUCUGCAAGGAAGCCAAAGAAUUUCUACCAGGGUGUAGCUGACCACAAGGACAUUGGCAAACUUGUGGGGAUGCUGACUUCUGCUAUGAAUUCUCUGAGAAAGCCAGCCAGUGAUGUCAUUCAGCUAUUUCAGACUUUCAAUGUGGUCUGGGUGGAGGACAGAGAUGUCAAAGUCAAGGAAUUCAUGGCCAGUAAUCCAAGCCUCGCCCAGAUAAAGUCAGAAAUUUCAAAUUAUGUUGCUUUUGAAGAAGACAUUGAAGAAAUCAAGCCCAUCAUAAUUUUGGGAUCAAUUGAAUUGUCAACAGAACCCCUGAAGAUGUCUUUGUCAGUUGAAGUAAAAGCUGGGAAGAUACUGUUGUGCAAAUACUUAAAUGAAGAGUACAAGAAGAAAAUGGCAGAUGUUAAUGCCUUCAUUGGAGAGCAUCUCAAGAAGCUUUCUCGUCCCAUUGCUGACUUGGAUGAUGUGAGAUUUGCCAUGGAGACUUUAUCAAAAAUUCGGGACUCGGAGAUAAAUAUAGACAUGACCCUUGGCACCAUUGAAGAAGCCUAUGGAAUUCUUCAGAAGUGUGAAGUGGAGAUAACAAAAGAGGAGGCAGAAGGAGUGGACACCCUUAGAUACUCCUUCAUCAAGCUGCAGUCAAAAGCGAGAUGUGUUCAAGAUGAACUAGUCCAUGUACAGCCCAAGUUCAAGAAAAACUUGUUGGAGGCAGUCGCGGUCUUUCAUAAAGAUGUGCAGUCAUUCAAAGUGCAAUAUGAAAUGGAGGGUCCAAUGGUUCCAGGAAUUCCUCCACAGGAGGCAAGCACAAGGUUGCAGAUAUGCCAGGAUAAAUUUGAUGUCCUUUGGAAAAAAUUUGUAACAUACUCCUCAGGAGAGCAACUGUUUGGCCUACCAGUCACGGAAUAUGAUGUACUGCAGGAAACCCGGAAAGAAUUAAGUCUUCUUCAGAAGUUAUAUCAACUUUACGACACAGUAAUGAAUAACAUCAGUGGCUAUUAUCACAUUCUCUGGACUGAAGUUGAUAUUGAGAAGAUAAAUGCAGAGCUGCUGGAUUUUCAGAAUAGGUGCCGAAAGCUGCCAAAAGCAUUGAAAGAUUGGCAGGCUUUCUUGGACCUAAAGAAGAGAAUUGAUGAUUUCAGUGAGUCUUGUCCUCUACUUGAAAUGAUGGCAAAUAAAUCAAUGAAACAGAGACACUGGGAUCGGAUUACAGCUCUGACAAAGCACAAGUUUGAUGUGGAAUCAGAUACAUUUUGCUUGCAAAACAUCAUGGAGGCACCACUUCUGAAAUACAAAGAAGAUAUAGAGGACAUAUGUAUUUCAGCUGUGAAAGAAAAGGACAUUGAGGCCAAGCUGAGUCAGGUCGUAGAUAUUUGGUCUGGUCAGACUCUAAGCUUCAUGACCUUUAAGGCUCGAGGCGAACUAAUGCUGAAAGGAGGAGAGACUUCUGAAAUAAUCUCGAUAAUGGAGGACAGCUUAAUGUUACUUGGAUCCCUUCUGAGCAACAGAUAUAAUGCUCCUUUCAAGAAAGAUAUCCAGAACUGGGUCUUCAAACUUUCCACAUCUUCUGACGUCAUAGAACAGUGGCUUUGUGUUCAGAACUUGUGGGUGUACUUGGAGGCCGUCUUUGUUGGUGGGGAUAUUGCAAAACAGCUGCCACAGGAAGCAAAGCGAUUCCAGAAUAUUGAUAAAACAUGGAUAAAAAUAAUGCAGCGUGCGCAUGAGAUCCCAAAUGUUGUGCAGUGUUGUGUGGGAGAUGAGACCAUGGCGCAGUUACUUCCUUGUCUGCAAGAACAGCUGGAGCUCUGUCAGAAGUCCCUCACAGGGUACCUGGAGAAAAAGAGGCUGCAGUUCCCCAGAUUUUUCUUUGUUUCUGAUCCAGCUCUGCUAGAAAUCCUUGGGCAAGCCAGUGAUUCACAUACAAUCCAGGCUCACCUCCUUGGAGUGUUUGACAACGUCAGUGAGGUGGAGUUCCAUGUCAAAGACUACGACAAAAUACUGGCAGUGAUUUCACAAGAAGGAGAAAAACUACCACUGGACCAGCCAAUUAUGGCACGAGGACCAGUGGAGUCAUGGCUGGGAGAGCUUCUUUUGCAGCAGCAGGCCUCACUUCACACUGUCAUCAGAGCCGCUGACCUCAACAUUAACGAUUCUGAGUUCCAACUUCUUACCUUUGUGAACCAGUUCCAGGCACAGGUUUCUUUGCUGGGCAUCCAGAUGCUGUGGACACGAGAUGCAGAAGAGGCACUGCGCAGUGCAAGAGAAGACAAGAAGAUAAUGGCUCGCACAAACCAGAAGUUUCUGGACAUUUUAAACAGCCUUAUUUCGCAGACGACACAUGACUUAACUAAGUUUGAUAGAGUCAAGUUUGAGACUCUUGUCACAAUCCAUGUACACCAGAGGGACAUUUUCGAUGAUCUUGUAAAAAUGCAUAUUGACUCAGUUAGCGAUUUUGAGUGGCUGAAACAAAGUAGGUUCUAUUUCAAGGAAGACCUACAUCAAGUGAUAGUGUCGAUCACAGAUGUAGACUUUAUAUACCAGAACGAGUUUCUCGGCUGCACAGACAGAUUGGUCAUCACCCCUCUUACAGACAGGUGCUAUAUCACUUUGGCCCAGGCUCUGGGAAUGAGCAUGGGUGGUGCUCCAGCAGGGCCAGCUGGGACCGGAAAGACUGAAACGACUAAAGACAUGGGCCGCUGCCUAGGAAAAUAUGUAGUGGUUUUCAAUUGCUCAGAUCAGAUGGAUUUCAGAGGUCUUGGCAGGAUUUACAAAGGUCUAGCCCAGUCAGGAUCCUGGGGCUGCUUUGAUGAGUUUAACCGGAUAGAUUUGCCUGUGCUCUCAGUAGCAGCACAGCAGAUCUACAUUGUGCUGACAGCCCGGAAGGAGCACAAAGCACAGUUUGUCUUCACGGAUGGAGACUGUGUAGAUUUGAACCCAGAGUUUGGACUGUUCAUUACGAUGAACCCUGGCUAUGCCGGUCGCCAAGAACUACCAGAAAACCUAAAGGUGCAAUUCAGGACGGUGUCGAUGAUGGUACCAGACAGGCAGAUUAUUAUGAGAGUGAAGCUUGCCAGCUGUGGUUUUAUAGAGAAUGUUAUCCUGGCUCAGAAGUUCUUUGUUUUGUACAAACUCUGUGAAGAGCAACUGACAAAACAGGUCCAUUAUGACUUUGGUCUGAGAAACAUCUUGUCAGUCCUGAGAACCUUGGGAGCUCAGAAGAGAGCUCGUCCCACAGACACAGAGUCAAGUAUAGUAAUGAGAGUUCUUCGAGACAUGAAUCUGUCCAAACUGGUGGAUGAGGAUGAGCCAUUGUUCCUCAGCUUGAUCAGCGAUCUCUUUCCUGGGAUCCAACUUGAUAGCAGCACCUAUGCAGAGCUGCAGAGUGCCGUUGCCAAGCAUGUGGAGCUGGCUGGAAUCAUAAACCACCCACCUUGGAACCUGAAACUUAUUCAGCUUUACGAGGCCUCCAGAGUUCGUCAUGGUCUGAUGACUUUGGGUCCCAGUGGUGCUGGGAAGACUAUGGCCAUCAACAUUCUGAUGCGCUCUAUGACUGAGUGCGGAGCCCCUCACAGGGAAAUGCGUAUGAACCCCAAGGCCAUUACUGCUCCACAGAUGUUUGGCCGCCUAGAUGCAGCCACAAAUGACUGGACUGAUGGCAUAUUCUCCACACUGUGGAGAAAGACUCUGAAAGCCAAGAAGGGGGAAAACAUUUGGAUUGUGUUGGAUGGGCCAGUGGAUGCCAUAUGGAUAGAAAAUCUGAACUCUGUUUUGGAUGACAACAAGACUCUUACCCUUGCAAACGGGGAUCGGAUAACCAUGUCUCCAUCUUGUAAGCUUGUGUUUGAGGUCCACAACAUGGACAAUGCAUCUCCAGCUACUGUGUCCAGAGUGGGGAUGGUCUUCAUGAGCUCUUCAGCACUAAGCUGGAGGCCCAUACUUCAGGGAUGGGCAACCAAGCGCAGUCCUCAAGAAUCAGAUAUUUUGCUCAGUCUGUAUGACAAGGUGUUCGAAGACGUUUAUACUUACAUGAAGCAAAACCUUAAACCUAAAAUGGAACUUCUGGAAUGUAACUAUAUAAUGCAGUCAGCAAACCUUCUGGAGGGCCUCAUUCCUACAAAGGAGGCAGGUGGCAUAGUGAACAACAUGCAGCUGGAACGCCUCUUUAUUUUUUGCAUAAUGUGGAGUGUAGGGGCCAUACUGGAGCUUGAUGACAGAGACAAGCUCGAGGCUUUCCUCAGAGCACACAAAAGCAAGGUCAACCUGCCACCAACCAAACCCGGAGAGACUAUAUUUGAGUAUAUGGUGAAUCAAAAUGGUGAAUGGGAGCACUGGAACAACUACGUAGUAGAGUACAUCUAUCCAAAAGACUCUGUGCCAGAUUAUUCAUCUAUUCUUGUGCCCAAUGUGGACAACACAAGGACCAAUUUUCUGUUAGACACCAUUGCAAAACAGCGCAAGGCUGUGUUACUCAUUGGUGAGCAAGGAACAGGCAAGACAGUGAUGAUAAAAGGAUACACAAAGAAGUAUGAUCCUGAAACAGAUUUAUCCAAGUCAUUAAACUUCUCAUCUGCUACUGAGCCCAUGAUGUUCCAGCGCACAGUGGAGAGCUACAUUGAGAAACGAAUGGGAAACACUUAUGGGCCACCAGGAGGACGCAGGAUGACUGUUUUUAUUGAUGAUAUCAAUAUGCCUGUUGUCAACGAGUGGGGAGAUCAGAUCACAAACGAAAUUGUGCGUCAGAUGAUGGAGAUGUCAGGGAUGUACAGUUUGGACAAGCCAGGAGAUUUCAACAUUAUUGUGGAUGUGCAAAUGCUGGGAGCCAUGAUUCAUCCUGGAGGUGGGAGGAAUGACAUUCCUCAAAGGCUCAAGAGACAGUUCACUGUCUUCAACUGUACCCUCCCAUCCAACGCCUCCAUAGACAAGAUCUUUGGAAUCGUGGCUGGCGGUUACUUUCACGAUUGCCGAAGCUUUAAGCCAGAAGUCUGCGGAACAGUUUUGCUUCUUGUCCCUGCUAGUAGAAUCCUCUGGCAGUGGACAAAGAUAAAAAUGCUGCCCACACCAUCAAAGUUCCACUACAUUUUCAACCUAAGAGACCUGUCAAGGAUCUGGCAAGGCAUGCUGAAUAUUAAGGCAGAAGAGUGUGAGGACAUUCAAACUCUUUUGGCUUUGUUCAAAUGUGAAUGCACAAGAGUCAUUGCAGACAGGUUUGUGAGUUUGGAAGACAAGUCCUGGUUUGAAAAGGCAAUAGCUCAAGUGAUCCAGGAGCGUGUGGACCCAAAUUUGGUGUCAGAGAUUCAUCCUGAGCCAUACUUUGUUGACUUCCUGCGAGAGCCACCAGAGCCAACUGGAGAGGAAGAAAAUGACGCCUGUUUGGACGCUCCCAAAAUCUAUGAGCUUAUCCCCAGCUUUGAGUUUCUCUCAGAGAAGCUGCAGCAGUAUCAAAAGCAGCAUAAUGACCUGGUCAGAGGCUAUUCUCUAGACCUGGUCUUCUUCAAAGAUGCCAUGACUCAUCUCAUCAAGAUCUCCCGAAUUAUUAGGACAGACUGUGGAAAUGCUUUGCUGGUGGGAGUGGGAGGAUCUGGCAAACAGAGUCUCACCAGACUGGCGUCCUUUAUUGCAGGGUACAAUAUAUUCCAGAUCACACUAACAAGAACAUACAAUAUCGGUAACCUGAAGGAUGACCUGAAGGUGCUAUACAAGACAGCUGGGGUUGAUGGCAAAGGCAUCACAUUUAUCUUCACAGACAAUGAGAUAAAGGAUGAGGCCUUCCUAGAAUAUCUCAACAAUGUUUUGUCCUCUGGGGAGGUGUCCAACUUAUUUGCACGGGAUGAGCUUGAUGAGAUCACUCAGAACCUAUUUCCUGUGAUGAAAAAGGAGCUACCUCGACAACCACCAACAUUUGACAACCUAUAUGAUUAUUUCAUCUCCAGAGCUAGAAAGAACCUUCAUGUUGUGCUGUGCUUCUCCCCGGUUGGAGAAAAGUUUCGUACACGUUCUCUGAAGUUCCCUGGGUUAAUUUCAGGCUGCACUAUGGACUGGUUUACCCCCUGGCCCAGUGAAGCACUGGUUGCUGUAUCCAGCUACUUCUUAUCUGACUACCCCAUGGUCUGCUCCCCUGAGGUUAAAAGAGCAGUGAUGCAGACCAUGGGUAUCUACCAUGACAAGGUCUCCAUAGCCUGUGAGAGCUACUUUGAGAGAUUUAGACGGAGAACACAUGUAACUCCAAAGUCCUACUUGUCUUUCAUCAAUGGAUAUAAGACCAUUUACACUGAAAAAUACUCAACCAUCAAUACAUUGGCAGAACGCAUGAACGUAGGCCUGGCCAAGCUGAUGGGUGCCAGUGAGUCUGUUGCAGAGUUAUCUAAAGAGCUUGUAGUGAAGGAAAAGGAACUGGCAGUGGCAUCAAUCAAAGCAGACGAGGUUCUGGCUGAAGUGAAAGUGAGCGCAGAGGCUGCUUCCAUUGUGAAAAAUGAAGUUCAGAUCGUAAAAGACAAAGCUCUAAGUAUCGUUCAAGGAAUUGAAAAAGAGAAAGCAGUAGCAGAAGUUAAACUGGAAGCGGCAAAGCCUGCAUUACAAGAGGCAGAAGCUGCCUUAAAUACCAUUAAACCUGCAGACAUAGCAACAGUGCGGAAGCUAGCAAAACCACCACACCUUAUUAUGAGGAUUAUGGACUGCUGCCUCCUGCUCUUCCAAAAGAAGCUAGACUCCAUUACCAUGGAUACAGAGAGGCCCUGCCACAAGCCCUCUUGGGGAGAAGCACUAAAGCUGAUGAGUGCCAGUGGGUUUCUGCAGUCAUUGCAACAGUUCCCCAAGGAUACCAUCAAUGAAGAGAUGGUGGAGCUGCUACAACCAUACUUUCAAAUGGAGGACUACACUUUAGAAAAUGCUAAGAAAGUGUGCGGUAAUGUGGCAGGUCUCCUGUCUUGGACACAGGCUAUGGCCACUUUCUUUGGAAUUAAUAAGGAGGUGCUGCCCCUUAAGGCUAACCUUGCCAUCCAAGAAGGCCGUUUGAUAGUGGCCAAUACUGAAUUGGCCACAGCUCAGGCCCAGCUAGAUGAAAAGCAAGCAGAGCUGGACAAGGUGCAGGCAAAGUUUGAUGCUGCCAUGCAAGAAAAGCAGGACUUGCUGGAUGAUGCAGAAAAAUGUAGGAAUAAAAUGCAGGCAGCAUCUGCAUUGAUAAGUGGCUUGAGUGGAGAGAAGGUCAGAUGGACUGAGCAAAGUAAAGAAUUUCAGUCUCAGAUAAACAGGCUAGUUGGAGAUGUGCUACAGCUCACAGGCUUCUUGUCCUACUGUGGACCCUUCAACCAGAGCUUCCGUAACAUGUUACUAAAAGAGAUCUGGGAGGCAGAACUGCUCAAAUGGAAGAUUCCAUUCACAGAAAACCUCAACCUCAUUAUUAUGCUUGUGGACUCUCCAACAAUCAGUGAAUGGAAUCUUCAAGGUCUACCUGGGGAUGAUUUCUCUGUGCAAAAUGGUAUCAUUGUCACCAAGGCCACCAGAUUUCCUCUUCUCAUUGAUCCUCAGACUCAGGGGAAGGCCUGGAUUAAGACAAAAGAGAAAGUGAAUGACCUGCAGGUAACAUCUUUGAAUCACAAGCUUUUCCGAAGCCACCUGGAGGACUGUCUGUCACUAGGACGGCCACUGUUGAUUGAAGAUGUUCGAGAAGAGUUGGACCCAGCACUCGAUAAUGUCCUUGAGAAGAAUUUCAUAAAGUCAGGAUCAACUUACAAGGUGAAAAUUGGAGAUAAGGAAACCGAUGUCAUGGAUGGCUUCCGGUUGUAUAUCACAACCAAACUGCCUAACCCAGCAUAUACACCAGAGGUUAGUGCAAAAACCUCCAUCAUCGACUUCACUGUCACCAUGAAGGGACUGGAGAAUCAGCUGCUAGGAAGAGUGAUCCUUACAGAGAAAUAUGAACUGGAGGCAGAGAGAUUGAAGUUGAUGGAGGAUGUCACAGCCAACAAAUGGAAAAUGAAGGAGUUAGAGGACAACUUGUUGUACAAGCUAAGCACAACUCAGGGUUCCCUGGUGGAUGAUGAGUCAAUGAUUGGAAUCCUUAAUGUGACUAAGCGAACAGCAGAAGAAGUUAGUGAGAAGCUCAGCGUGGCAGUUCAGACGGAAGUGAAGAUCAACACGGCUCAGGAAGAAUACCGCCCAGUUGCUUCCCGCGGGAGCAUCCUCUAUUUCCUCAUCACAGAGAUGAGCAUGGUCAAUGUCAUGUACCAGACUUCUCUGGUACAGUUCCUGAAGCUUUUUGAUCUCUCAAUGGCUAGGUCAGAGAAAUCUCCGCUAACCCAAAAGCGCAUUGCUAACAUCAUUGACUACUUGACUUUCGAAGUUUUCAAGUACACAGUCAGGGGGCUCUAUGAAAAUCACAAGAUCGUAUUCACUUUGUUGCUUGCUCUGAAAAUUGAUCUCCAGAAAGGCAACAUCAAGCACAAUGAGUUUCAAAUUCUCAUUAAAGGGGGUGCUGCCUUAGAUCUGAAGACAAGUCCUGCUAAGCCCUUUCGCUGGAUCUUGGACAUAACGUGGCUCAAUCUGGUGGAGCUCAGUAAGCUAUCAGAGUUCUCAGAGAUCAUGAACAAGGUAUCCAGCAAUGAGAAGGGCUGGAAGAAUUGGUUUGACAUGGACGCUCCUGAGGAAGGAGUGAUUCCUGAUGGCUACAAUAGCAAACUGGAUGUCUUUCAUAAACUGCUACUCGUUAGGUCCUGGUGCCCUGACCGCACUUUAUCUCAGGCCAGAAAAUAUAUUGGAAAUUCAAUGGGUGCGAGGUUUGCAGAACCUGUCAUUCUUAAAAUGGAAAGCACUUGGGAGGAGAGCGACAUCCGUACCCCUCUCAUUUGCUUUCUGUCCAUGGGUUCUGACCCCACCAGUCAAAUUGAUAGCCUAGCCAGGAAGUUGCACCUUGAGUGCAGAGCUAUAUCAAUGGGACAGGGACAGGAGUUGCAUGCCAGAAAACUCAUACAGAUGUCAAUGCAGCAGGGAGGCUGGGUUCUGCUGCAGAACUGCCACUUGGGACUUGAGUUCAUGGAUGAGCUGCUAGAGACCGUCACCACAGUAGAGUCGAUCCAUGAGAGUUUCAGAGUAUGGAUCACCACUGAGCCUCAUGACCGCUUCUCCAUCACGUUGCUUCAGUCAUCCAUUAAGUUCACCAAUGAUCCACCUCAAGGGGUACGAGCUGGUUUAAAGCGCACCUUCACUGGCAUCUCCCAGGAACAGCUGGAAGUUAGCAACUUGCCUAUGUGGAAGCCCAUGCUGUACAAUGUGGCCUUCCUACACACAGCUGUGCAGGAGCGUCGGAAGUUUGGACCACUUGGAUGGAAUAUUCCCUAUGAAUUUAAUUCUGCUGACUUCACUGCCAGUGUUCAGUUUAUUCAAAAUCACUUAGACGAAUGUGGUCCUAAGAAAGGAGUAUCUUGGGUCACAGUACGCUACAUGCUUGGGGAGGUGCAAUAUGGAGGAAGGGUAACUGAUGACUAUGAUAAACGACUGCUGAACUGUUUUGCCAGGGUGUGGUUCAACGACAAGAUCUUCGAGCCAACGUUCUACUUCUACACUGGCUACAAAGUCCCAGUUUGCAAAACAGUGGAAGAGUACUUAGAAUAUAUCGAGACACUGCCUGCUGUUGAUACACCACAGGUCUUUGGUCUGCAUCCCAAUGCUGACAUCAUGUAUCAAACCAACACCUCAGCCGAAGUCCUGGAUAUUAUUACUAACAUCCAGCCCAAAGAGAGUGUGGGAGGGUCAGGAGAAACCCGGGAGUCUGUUGUGUACAAGUUGGCACAGGACAUGCUGGACAAGCUGCCUGCUGAUUACAUACCACAUGAGGUGAGAGCAAGGUUGGUAAAGAUGGGAGCCCUGAAUUCCAUGAACAUAUUUUUGCGUCAAGAGAUCGACCGCAUGCAAAGGAUCAUAGGCGUGGUGCGCAAAAGUCUAAGUGAUCUCAAGCUAGCCAUUGAGGGCACCAUCAUCAUGAGUGAGAACCUCCGUGAUGCUCUGGACAACAUGUAUGAUGCACGUGUGCCCAAUUUAUGGAAGAAGAUCUCCUGGGAAUCAGCUACACUGGGAUUCUGGUUCACAGAGCUGUUGGAAAGAAACACACAGUUCCACAGCUGGAUAUUUGAAGGAAGGCCUAAAACAUUUUGGAUGACAGGGUUCUUUAACCCCCAGGGAUUCCUGACAGCCAUGAGGCAAGAAGUUACUAGAGCCCAUAAGGGCUGGGCCUUAGACACAGUCACCCUUCACAAUGAAGUGCUCAAACAAAUCAAGGAAGAGAUCACAACACCUCCAACAGAAGGGGUGUAUGUGUACGGAUUGUUCCUGGAUGGGGCAGGUUGGGACCGCAAAAACUGCCGGCUUAUGGAGUCAACACCCAAGGUGUUGUUCACCCCACUUCCUGUGGUGCAUAUGUUUGCAAUCAAUUCCACUGCGCCCAAGGACCCCAGCCUCUACAUCUGCCCCAUCUACAAGAAGCCUAGACGUACUGACCUCACCUUUAUCACUGGAGUGUGUCUACGCACUGUUCAGUCUCCUGAUCACUGGAUACUGCGUGGUGUUGCUCUGCUUUGUGACAUCAAGUAACACCUCACAUCUGUCACAUGGGCAGAUUUUGUAACAGUCUUACAACCUUGCUUACAUUGUUCUCUACAAAUAAACAAAAAAAAAGAAUCUGUAUAUUGUGAUUAU